AUGGGACUCCAUCUCAGUCGAAUUUAUUUCGCUGAUGAUCAGGAUUGUGUGAAGCUCGCUCAGUGCCUACUACCUAUUUUCACUUUAGACGCUUCUCUUCCAGCUGGAUUAGAAGAACUCGGUUCCAAGGAGGAAGUCCGUGAUUACCUCGGUGAUCUUAUCCAUGCACUUAGAUCACAUUGUCCUUGCUCGAUUCUACGCCGAGAUGAUCCAUUGUGGUGCGGCAAAAUAUCUUGUAUGAGACUCGGGAUUCGUUGGUGUCAUAUGCAUGAAUGUACACACUAUCAGAGAAACUGUACAGAUGAGAAUUGUCUUCGCUCUCAAGCAGUUAUUUCUCACUGGUUGAAUUGCACCGAUUCUACUUGUUUCGUGUGUUUACCUUGGAUUCGACCACGAUCGCUGGAGAGUCAGCCGAAACGAUUCCUGAAUGACAUUUUUGGGAGUCACUGCUUUCUCGGAAGGAUUGUCUCUCCUGUAAUAAACAAAAACCGCGCGCAACCGUCUGGCGGAAAGAAGUACGAAUUCGUAUGUGCAGAGAAACAAAUCAAGGAUGAUCGCUACAGAAUGUUUGCUAUGGUAAACGAAGUUACCGCCGCUUCCAUAAAUGAAAGUGAGCGACUUCCUUCUGAAAAUUUUUCUGCGGUUUCGGAGUGGUGCCAAGCUGCGAAAGAGCACGCCGACACUCACUUUUCUUCAAACUUGGAAUUAGCUACCAAUAUAUUUCGGAUGUUUAGAGCUAUCAAAAUUAACGAAGAAUCGCUUGGGAUCGGUUGCAACAGUUGGACGUCCUUGCAUCGGUAA